ACAUGUCUCAUUUAAAGUUAGUAAAAGAAUGGCUCUGUUCAUGAAAUAAUAUGAAAUAAGUUUUUUUUUUUUUAUUUAGAAGUCACUCAUUAACAAUCUGCAUGAAAAAAAAAUUUCACUGACUUCAGUGACUGUAGCCGUUGGCUUCAGAUCAAUCCACUGUCUCUUGCUUAAUAAUGAGACUCGCAAUUUAUUGUAGUCCACAUUCAGCUCAUGAAGCGAGAUUUAAUGUUUUAUUACAAGUGCAUCGUGGGAGUUCCCUUAAAAUAGUGAAUAGUGACCUUAAAAUCGAGGGCGAUCAAAUUCUGCUUUAAGAUUCAGGCACUCGGUACAUAUUUGCAUGUGCGCCUUUGCCGCUGCUGUUUGUGAUGUUUGUUGUAAGGGAAAACCUCCAGACAGAGCCAGUUUGUCCUACACAUCUUUCUCCUUGAAUAUCUCCAUGGCACUUAUUUAAUUAUGAUGUGAAGUGGUCUAAGUAGAGCUAUUGCUGCAUGCGCACUAUAUGCACUACUAUAUUUAGUGUGACAUUCAUUUUUUUUCUUUUUCUUUCUGUAAUACACUUUGAAUUGCCUCUGUGUAUGAAAGAUACUAUACAAAUAAACUUGCCUUGCUUUGCUUUUUGGGAUUCCUAGAAAGGUAUGAAACUGUUGAACCUGAUGGCCUUUCAGUACUUCAGGUCUUCACUCUGGCUGUUGAUGUUUCUUGUGCAUUGGUGAACAUUACUGCACCUACCUUGACCAUACAUAGCAAUAAUCUUGAGUCGAUAAAAUCUAACUGUGCAGCACUGAGCACUGGGAUUGUGUGUAGGAUGAGUGAGAUUUGAAGGAGUGGUGGCAGGAAAGGCAAGAACAUGGGUGUGUGUUUUGUCUUUAAAUGAAUAGGAGCCUUUUUGAUUGGCUCUGAAUGGAUGAUAUCUUGUGUGCGACACUUGACUUGUCUCAGGCAGGCUCACCAGUAUUGAAGUGGGAUUAAGGAGCAGCACUGCAUUUGGCUACUGUUACAGCGCAUUACUUUAAGUGUGUGUGUGUGUGAGAGAGAGAGAGAGUGUGUUUGCUGCAUGUUGUGUGCUGACAGAUUCACUCUUGCACCCACAGAGCCCUCGGUGGGAGGGGCCGCUCGUGGCACAUAACGUUUUUCCCGUCGGUCAAACAAUGGACACGUUUUUCCGACGCCAUUUCCGCCGGAAGGUCCGGGAGCCAGGCGGCCGGCGGCGUUCAAGCGUGGCCAUACCGGCCAGCAAAGCACGUAGGCGUUCCAGCGUCGGACUGCCCUCUGCUGGCCUGGCUCAGAGGCGCAGAUCCAGUGUCCAGCUGCAGGGGUCUCUACAGGCAGUUGGAGGUCUGGCAGUUGGAGGCCCCCCAAUGAGGGACUUGGUCAGGGAUCGGGGUUUCGCCCGCCGGCGUUCCAGUGGAACGACAGCUUGCUUGACUCCCAGAUUUUCCCUCCGCCGGCGCCGUGCCGCCAAACAUCGCAGCAUCCAUGCCCAGCUUCUGGGGCCAUCGCUCCUACUGGCCAGUGUGGUCCAGAUGAGCGAAGAGAGGACGACGGAUGAAGGAAGCGAGGGAGGACAGUCGACGUGCUCUUCCUCAGACAACGACGAUCUGCAGAGCGACGCCAGCUGGGAGGAUCCUGAUCAGCUUCGGGCAGACCAUAAAGGAGAGUCAGAAGAAUGCCCAUCCUGGUUGGUUCAAGGAAUGGCAGGCAGGGACAAUAGCCUACAGCCCCGCCCAAUCAUCCGUGCACCGCGCUGCCUGCGCCGAAACUCCUCCCACCUACUACCUGCUGACGCUGUCUACCACAGUCCAGCCUAUUACGGCCUGUACGGUCGAUACCGGAGGAACAGUCAGGUGUGGAGGACGGCUAAUGUGGCUGUGGGUGGGGUUUGGGCAGGGAGGCGGACCUCCGUGGCCUCUCGGAGAGGGUCAGGGACUAAUUACAGAAAACUCUCUCCCUGGUGGUCAGAUGCUGGACUAGCAGGUGCGCUGCAGGGGACGUACUACGACCCCCAGACUGAUACAUGGAGUGGGUUUCUCUCGAAGGCCAUAGCUAAAUCUGGGCUGCAGCAUCUGUCGGCUCAACCCAGCAGUUCAGUGCUGGCUAAGUGUGAUUCGGACCGAGAGAUCCGCAGUUCUGUGGACUGGAGCGAGUCGGCAGUCUAUGGAGAGCACAUCUGGUUCGAGACCAAUGUCUCCGGGGACUUCUGUUACGUUGGAGAACAGCACUGCUUCGCAAAGUCACUGCAAAAAUCUGUUGCCCGGAAGAAAUGUGCUGCUUGCAAGAUUGUAGUCCACACGAUUUGUAUAGAACAGCUGGAGAAGCUAUCUCACAGGAAACCUCAGCAUCGAAGAGAGUGGCUUGAUGAGCUGCCACACAAAGAUCCAUCUUUCAGAAUCAAUUUCAGGUGUAAACCAUCAUUCAGGGAAUCUGGCUCUCGGAACAUACGGGAGCCCGCCUGGCGACGCAGAGCCAUUAAAGGUCAGGCUGCUCUGGAGCGAAUCAGGCGCGGUGCAGCUAACCGCACUGCGCAUACACCUCUCAUACAGCCUACCAUAGUGCGACAUCACUGGGUCCAUCGACGGCGGCAGGAGGGGAAGUGUAAACAGUGUGGGAAGGGAUUUCAGCAGAAGUUUGCCUUUCACAGUAAAGAGAUUGUGGCCAUUAGCUGCUCUUGGUGCAAGCAAGCAUAUCACAAUAAGGUGACAUGCUUCAUGCUACAGCAAAUAGAAGAGGCUUGUUCAUUAGGAGCUCAUGCAGCAGUUAUAGUACCUCCUACGUGGAUUAUACGUGUUCGCCGACCUCAGUCUUCACUAAAGUCAAGCAAAAAGAAGAAACGGACCUCAUUCAAGCGCAAAUCCAGCAAGAAGGGAGCAGAGGAAGCUCGAUGGAAGCCCUUCAUCGUGAGGCCGAUUCCCUCACAGCUGAUGAAGCCACUGCUAGUGUUUGUAAAUCCAAAGAGCGGAGGAAACCAGGGGGCCAAAAUCAUCCAGUCGUUUAUGUGGUAUUUGAAUCCUCGGCAAGUCUUCGACCUGAGCCAGGGGGGUCCUAAAGAAGGGCUGGAAAUGUACCGGAAGGUUCACAACCUGCGGAUUCUGGCCUGCGGUGGUGAUGGCACUGUUGGCUGGAUCUUGUCGACUCUGGAUCAGCUGCAGCUGAACCCACAGCCGGCUGUGGCUGUUCUUCCUCUGGGGACAGGAAAUGACCUCGCCAGGACCCUGAACUGGGGUGGGGGUUACACAGAUGAGCCGGUGUCUAAGAUCCUAUCUCAUGUGGAGGAUGGGAACAUUGUGCAGCUCGACCGCUGGAACUUACAUUUGGAGCCAAACCCAGAAGCAGGGCCUGAGGAGAAGGAUGAACAAGUGACAGACAAGCUUCCUCUGGAUGUGUUUAAUAAUUAUUUCAGCUUGGGCUUUGAUGCUCAUGUAACUCUGGAGUUUCACGAGUCUCGAGAGGCCAACCCAGAGAAAUUCAACAGUCGCUUCAGGAACAAGAUGUUCUAUGCGGGGACGGCUUUCUCAGAUUUCCUGAUGGGGAGCUCUAAAGACUUGGCCAAACACAUCAAAGUGGUGUGUGAUGGAGCAGAUUUGACCUCCAAGGUUCAAGAACUAAAGCUGCAGUGUCUGGUCUUCCUCAAUAUUCCCAGGUACUGUGCUGGCACAAUGCCAUGGGGGAACCCUAGUGAGCAUCAUGACUUUGAGCCUCAGCGUCAUGAUGACGGCUGCAUUGAGGUCAUCGGCUUCACCAUGACAUCACUGGCUACGCUGCAGGUCGGAGGGCACGGGGAAAGGUUGAAUCAGUGUCGUGAGGUCACGCUCACAACCUAUAAGUCGAUCCCCAUGCAGGUGGAUGGAGAACCAUGCAAACUGGCUCCUUCUACCAUCCACAUUUCACUGCGUAACCAGGCCAACAUGGUGCAGAAGACCAAGAGACGGACCUCUAUACCUCUGCUUAACGAUCAACAGCCGUUCCCAGAGAGGUUACGGAUCCGGGUGAACCGCAUCAGCAUGCACGACUAUGAAGCUCUGCAUUAUCACAAAGAGAAACUCAAAGAAGCCUCAAUCCCGUUGGGGCUUAUCGUCGUCCCCGGAGACAGUGACCUGGAAACCUGCCGAAUACACAUCGAGAGACUGCAAGAGGACUUUGUAUCAUGUCACCCGUCUCUGCAGCGGCUUAUGCUCCAGGCAGGUGACGAGUCCAAGUCAAAAAUGCUGUCAUCUCAGAGGUUGUCACCAAAGUGGUGCUUCUUGGACUCGACAACUGCAGAUCGAUUUUACAGGAUUGAUCGAGCCCAGGAGCAUCUACACUAUGUGACGGAGAUCUCUCAGGACGAGUUGUUUAUCCUGGACCCGGAGCUGGUAGUCACGGAAACAGUGAGCACAUCUCCGGGCAUGCCUGACCUGGUAGACUCAUCAGGAGAGAACUCUUCAGCGCAGCGCAAAUUUGCCUUCCCAUCAUCCUCCUCUUCUCCACCCUCCUCUCCAGCUCCCAGGAUUGGGGAUCUGCAGGCCGGUCAGAGGAAACGUGUGUCCAGCGAUAGUUCAAUUACCGAAGCCCUGACCCACAGCGACUCACUCAGAACCACCAAACCAGCACUCUGCAGGACGGGGGGUGUUCAUCGCUCAAACACAACAGCAGCCGAUUUCAAACCCGCUCAAGUCAGGCUGGAAAAGAACGCUCUGAGCGGCAGCAGCAGCAGCGGCAGCAGCCCAGUAACUGCAGAUGUGCUAAUCGAGUGUGUGAAGAACAAGGACCAACAGAAGUUGAUGGACCUACAUAAGCAGGGAGCAGACCUGUUUGUUCAGGAUUCAGCAGGCCGCACUCUACUACACCAUGCUGUGGACGUAGCCAGUAAAGAAAUCGUCAGAUACGUCAUAGAUAAUGCACCCACCGAUAUAUUGGAUGUGACGGAGAAAGAAAAUGGCGAGACAGUAUUGCACAAGGCGGCCUCGAUGUGUCAGAGGACGAUCUGUCACUACUUGGUAGAGGCGGGAGCAUCUCUUAUGAAGACAGACUUACAGGGCGACACUCCGAAGCACCGUGCGGAGAAAGCUAAGGACUCUGAACUGGCAGCGUAUCUGGAGAACCGUCAACAUUACCAGAUGAUCCAGCGCGAGGACCAGGAGACCGCUGUCUGAUGUCUGAUCUUCUUUUACCUCUCACCUUUGACCUCACUGCGUCUGGAACCCUGAACUGCUUGUGCCAAACUAACUAACUAGCAACUACAAUACAAAUACAAAUGAACCACCACAUAGCAACACAGAGCUCCAGUUGGUGGAGACAUGAGAGUGGACAACACACACACAAACACACACACACACACACAUAUACACACUCACACACGUGUACACACACACAUACACACACACAUGUACACACUCACACACGUGUACACACACACAUACACACACACACAUGUACACACUCACACACGUGUACACACAUAAUGAAGAGAUAUGUGGGCUUUUAAGAUCCUGGAUUAAGGCCUCGCCAACUGGCUUGACCCAAUGUAUGUCCAUUGCCCGGCCAACUGCCAUCGUUUUGUGUGUUCACUAGUGAGUGUGUGGGUGUGUCCGAAGGUAUGAAAGGAAGUGGGCGGGGCUUCUCUUUGUUAAAGUGUUCAUUAGUAACACUCUCAGUGCUGUCUUUUAUGCAGAAGCACUUCAGAUUUCAACGUGGAGUUUGCUGAAUGGUGCCUGGAGGCGACUGAAAGAGAAAAAACUUCUGAAAGAGUUUGUGACAUAAGCAUGAGGAACCUCUACAGCACUGAUGAUCACACAGCUCGGAAUUUCAUUCCUUUUAUUUCAUUUUAUUGUAUUUUUUUUUAAGUCUAGUGUUAAAAAAAAAACAUGAUGCAACCAGUCAUAUUGGUUAUUAUUCUUAUUAAUAUUAUUAUUAUUAUUACUGGUGGUAGAAGAUGCCACUAUUGACUCCACAGGACCUUAAGGACAUUUUGCAGAUUCUGGAUGGACUGAUUGAUUUGUUUACCUGAACUGAUGAUGAUGAUGAUGAUGAUGAUGAUGAUGAUGAUGAUAUUUUGUGUGUGAGUGUUAUAAAAGCUAAAGCUUUAGUUUUAGUAGACAUGGGGCGCUGUCUCAGCGCUUUCCCUGCACUGAAGCCAUUGGAGGUUCUUUAAGGAAUAUUGGACUGUGGUAGCUAUUUUUAUUUUUAGGAGGGCUUUGCUUCUUUCAUCGUUUCGUUCUCCGUUGGGCAGACGUUCGCUUUUAAUAAGAACUUUUGGUACUGUAAACGUAUCUUAGUAGGUUUCCGUUUGAGAAACAUUUGCACUGUAGCUAUCAUUGCCUUCUUUAUUCCACUCUUCAACGUUUUUUUUUAAUCCCUCGAUUUUUAAUUGGCGUUCUACAGUUACAGCUUAUUUCUUAUGACUUUUUUAAAAGUAAAUAGAUGUUUAUAUAAUUUGUAGCUACAACAUCCAAAUUGUGUAUGUGUCUUACUGUAUUAUAAAUGACUGUACAAUUUUUUUUUUUCUUCCAUAAUACAGGAUUGCUUUUGUUCGGUUUUGUUGUUCUACAUGAUUCUGCUCUCGAGUUGUCGUGGAAGAUUUCUCUGUAUUUUAAAGAAACAAACUUACUCUGAAGAGUGUAUAUCAUUCUGAUUUAUGGAUUUAUGGAUUGUCUUAAUGCACCGAUUAUUCUAAGGAUACUAUUUAUUUUCCAUAAUAGUCAUCUGUUUAAAUUACAUUGGCUUUGAAACUAGGCAUAAUUAAGUAUUAAAAAAAUAUUUAAUUUGCAACAAAUAGA